AAAUACCACCAUUACUAUCUACAGCUUGGUAAUUUCACUUUGGAAAGUUAGAAAGCUACUGGAAAGCAUACAAAAACAUAUUAUAUACAAGAGCAGUUUCUUUGAUGACACUUUAAAUUUGAUAUUAUUUAGUUACCCCCAAAGAAAAGAAUGUUCCAAUUGUAGACAUUGUUUCUAAUAUGUCCUAAUUACGUUGCUAGAAAGUAUUGUGUGUCCACUCAGACUUCACCCGGGAAAACAACGGGUGCAGGACGCACGGCAGCUUUAUGGUAUCUCAUAGUAUAUAAGAGUUCUUUAAUUUCAUGUUUGAUUUGCUUCAAGGAAAUCGGAGGGUUGGGAGAGUCAGAGCGGAAUGCUCUGUCGGAAUCGGCUUGGGUCCAGCGCCGGUUUAUAAAGGAGCUUUGGAUCGGGGUUUCUCCUUGCACUGCUGCAAACCACACUCUGUUUGGGGGCACAGGUGCAAAGCCAGUAAAGAAUUGUAUGUCUGAGAAAUUAAAAUAAAAAAGCUGUUGUCCCGAGGGAUGACAGAAUCGCAGGCUAGGGUCUGCAUGCCUGGGGAGAGUUCCUAAAACAUAACAACGGGAACAUUCGAGGUCUUAUGCAAGGUGCAGUUUUGUCUCACAGCGCCUACUUAACCUGGUCACGGAGUACUGAAGUGGGGGGACUACUACUAUGCGUAAUGAAGACAGCAUGAAAUAUUUACCUUGUGGUAGGAUAAAAAAAAAAAAAGCUAAUGCAUAGACGUGGCACACUCGACAUUUCUCACAGAAAGUUGUCUCGUGCAACCAAACGGCGUUCCCUGCGCGGGCCUGGAAAGGGGCCUGGAAUCCGACUGGGGCCAGGUGGAAGGACAGCGGCGAGGUUAGACCCUUUCCCACCCUAGGAACACCCCCAGCGCUGGACGCUGCAGCCCCCGCGCCCCGCCUCUGGGAAAGCAGGGCGCAGCUCAGGAGCUGAGUGGCGGACGCCCCACCCCCUGGCCCGCCCUGCCGGGCGGUUUGAUUAAUGAGUCUCCCUCCGCCAAGGUUCCUCGAGGCGUCAGCCCUUAGAGUUACCCCCGCAUGGGCGCAGGCCUCCGCCCGACGUGGUGUCGCGGUGGAGGUACUACUCAUGGCCUCGGGGAUCCCUACAUAAAAGGCGUGACCAGAAGAAGCUGAAAGCAGCCUUUGGCUUUGGCUGGACAACGAUGGAGUAAUCCACGCGGCCCUGUCUACGCAGACCCGGCUUGACGUCCCCGUCCCCUUGCACAGCAGAUCCAAGACCCGCGCAAGGCGGCUCCAGGAAAGCGCGCGCUAGGCACAGGAAUCCACCAUGGACCGCGGCCGCUCGGUGAACAGCCCAGAGAGCGCCAGUGCUGAGCCGAUGCCUCCGGCCACUGUCACCCACGACACAAGCCCAGGGCGGAUUGGGAUCGGAGCGCGCUCUGGAGGCGGCCGGCCGGCCGCGGCGAACGCAGCGCGGGAGCGCAGUCGCGUGCAAACCCUGAGGCACGCCUUCCUGGAGCUCCAGCGCACGCUGCCGUCGGUACCACCUGACACAAAGCUGUCCAAGCUGGACGUGCUGCUGCUGGCCACCACUUACAUCGCGCACCUUACCCGAAGUCUGCAGGACGAUGCCGAGGCUGCGGCAGAUCCAGGUCUGGGAGCUUUGAGUGGCGAUGGCUACCUGCACCCAGUCAAGAAAUGGCCCAUGCGAUCAAGAUUAUACAUUGGUGCUACUGGUCAGUUUCUGAAGCAUUCGGUCCCUGGAGAAAAAGCAAAUCAUAGCAACACUCCAACAGACUCACAGCCGUAGGGACUCUCAUGGUGGUAGCUGGUAGAAGUGGUGUCUAUUGUUUUUAAAUACUAUGAAAGAAUUAUAAUUUAUUACAUCAAACAUAAAAAACAUCAUUUCUGAAAGUUUACAUUGGAGCCCAUAGUUUGAUGUCCAGAUUUAUCUGUCUAAAGGUAGAAUGAGGUAAUCAAUCUUAUAUAAAACAUACUGCUUAUCUAUUCAUUGUGAGAGUGAUGGCUAUAUAGUACAAGAGAAACUAUUAGGAAAAUACACACAAAAAGAAACAAUUAUGUAUAUAUCCAAAGAAGGCACACAUUUUCUGUAGUAUAUCUAUUGUAAAUGUAAAAGCCAAUAUCUAUCAGUAUAGUCUUUGUAGCUUAAAAAAAAAUCUGUGUUUGUGAUAUGUCAGUAUUCUAUCUUUGUGAAGACCAAGAAUGCAUUUCAACUCUCAGAUUCAAGACCAUUUAUUUAGUUUGGCUUUAUAUAUGUGUAAAGUCUGUUGCAGUAGCUUCUAUCACUAGUGAUUUUCCCUGUUAGAAGAUUUGUUUGGAGUAUCAGAAAUAAUUUGCUCUAUAGGAAAUGCCCACCUUUCAAAAGGGUUAGUCAGUAUUUGGACAUGACUUACAUGUUUCCAGAUUGUGAAAGGCACUAGGAAUACAGGCAGCCAGUAUGAAAAACAGUCCAGGUGUCACUGGGCAGCAGCUAUCGUCACACUUUCUCCUGGUCACACCAUAUCACUGCUUCUUUCAGGUUCUGAGCUAGGUGAGCAAGUUCAGCUGUAGCCAUUUUGGAGACAGUGGCCUUUUCAGGCCUUGUAGAGCCAUCAGUGAAUCCCCCUGACCUUCCUCAGCCAGUGGUGGAGUCAGGUCCCUUCUCCCAUCCAAGUACUAGCUGGGCUCUACCCUGCUUAGCUCCAGAGAUCAGAAGAGAUCAGGCUGUUCAGGGUGGUAUGGCCAUAGAUGUCAGAUCCCUUCUCACAUCAGCUCUUCAUAAUCUACCUUCAUAAUCAUAAUUUGGCCAUUACAAAAUGGGGAAAAUCCUGUCUGAUUUGGGAAUUCUGGCACUGAUGUGUAUCUUAGGGGGAUCUAAGGAUACAGUGAGUGUCCUGAGUUAAAUUCAGGCUGGAGCAGACCCCUCCUGAAUCUGCCCUAAUAUGAACCUGUAGCAGUAGGCCUCCUGCUGCACUGUACAUCCUGAAGUGCUCAGAGAACAAUGGAUCUGACUGAUCCCACUAGUGGCUUUAGUUUGCAAUAGGAACCUCCUGAAAUUUGUGUUAAAUAAAGGAGCUUUGCCUCUGACAACGUUGUUUUUUCUUCUUGUCCAGUUAUUGUUUUAAUGCCAAAGAAGUGUCAUUUUGGUCAUAGAUUUUUAUAACAUUUUAUUAAGUCUUUAAAUAUGCUAAUAUUUAAAAUAUUUUAGUAAGUGGGAAAUUCUCAGAAGGGAAGCUGCAUGUGGUCUGAGCCAUGAGUAGAGAUGUUUGUCAGGGAACACACUGAGCUUGGAACAAUGGAGUAUAGCAGAAACACUGGGAAAGAAUCAACAUUGGUCCUCUCUUUGCUGACUUAGAUUCCCUUUUAUCACUUCUUGAUUUUCUCCUCAGUCUUUACUCUUCCCUUUUCCAACUGUGAAAUUCAUAAUACAUUUCUCAUAACCUAGUUUUAAACUUGCUGAAUUUGAUCCAAAGUUAUCAAACAGAUAGCAAAAAUAAUGAACUUGGUUGAAUUACUAUAACACUCGUCCCACCAUUUUAUUUUCACCUCAGUUUUCUUCCAGCUUUUGGCAGUGAAAUGAAGUAAAACAUCAUUUGAAGGCAAGAACUAUCAGUUGAUUCAGUACAGCAUGACCAGGUUUUGGCUUAUAUCCAAUAGUUUGUAACUUUUUAUUAUUUUAAUGUGAAUUAUCUUCCUUAAAAUGUGACCAAUAAUAAAAUCUUUCUACAUAUUGAUAUGUAACACAAAUGUUUGUAUAUUUAAAUAUUUGUGAUAUGUUUAC